AUGAACCCCAAAAAAGAAAGCAAUGCCCGACGUAAGGUCAGGGCUGGAAGAAAGAUAUCAGAGCAAACUCUUCGCCUCAGUUACUGGAAGACGUUGGUGAACUUCAAAAAUGUUCAGUGCAAGAAUGAGUCAAAGAUUGGUGGUAGUGUACCUCUGCAUAGCGUCAGUGUUCAGUGCUCCAAUGCAGCUGCCGUUCCUGCCGAUGCAGUAUGGGAUGAAUCCUCAACUGCCAUUCUUGAGGCAGAUGACUCCGAAUUUGCAGUCACCCUCACUCCUUAUUGGGCCCCAUCCGUGGAAGUAUCUAGUGUAGAAUCCUUCAACUCCAGAAUCGAAAAUUCAAGUAAAAUUCAGGAUGAAAACGAGAUGUUACAUUUUUGUGCUUGUUGCCCUUCCAUGCUCCCACAACAGCAGCCAUUGGUAAUAGUCCUACCUAACGCAGCACCCGGCGCAGAAACUGACGACAGAUACGUGAACUUAAACGAACAGUUGAACGCCAACCUUAAAAGUGCAGGACACGUAGAUGAGAACAAAGAUGCUGUAGUCAUUGACGCUAAUGACCCUAAAGCACCAGAAAUGCAGACCAAGAACGCAGUAGUCUACCUUCCUAAUGAAGGCAGAUACUCCAUAGGACAAAUCAUCUCAUACAUCCCAUUCCUGCCAAUAGAAAUUAAUGUACCAGACACCAUCUCUUGGAUCACCCAUCUGCUGACUGGAGGAAUAUUCAGACCAGGACCAGCACAGGCUCCUGUAGGCAUGAAGACUCUUCCCAACAAACCCCAAGUUCCAUUGAUAGUGAUGCCUUACCCUGGUCUCUUGCCGAAUAUGAAUCAAUAAGUGACUGCAGUACUCUGGGAGCGAGGAAGACUGACUGUAAUUUAUUAAUAGCAGUGAUUAACGUUUCUGCUGCUAUAGUAAUAGCGAAUGGUGUUAAAUCAGGGUUGUGUCCAUAAUAUAAUUUAAAAACUUUAAAUAAGUGUACUUAUUUUUCUAUCACAGUAAUUAUUGGCAAUAACUGUGGAACUUUAUAGCUUUGUCCGAGUUUGAAAUCAGACCAGGUGUUACCCGUGAUUAGAAAUAAUAACACUCUUUAUGCAAAAUGCUUUAUUAUUAUAGAAAAUAAUAAAAUUACAAUUUGCUACAGUUAACUGAGGCCUUAAAUAAAAUACAUAUAUUUUACAAUACAGCUAGGCGUAUGGUAACAAAACUUAACUUUUAGCAUGAUUGAGUUCAAGAGUCUAACCAGGUGGAAGCGACAUUCUAAAAACUAACCUUUAAUUCUGUUAAUAACUUUAAACAGGUUACACUAUCAAACUCCAAUCAUACUUUUAUAGAAGAUACAAUCAAUCCAAAGUAGCAAAAAGAAUAAAAACACAUAACAUAAAAGACAAAUAGAUUUCAAUCAAAAUUCCACUUUCAAUUUUGCUACUUAGGAUAUAAAAGGCGAAGCGAUUAUUUCGCUCCUAAAAUGGCAACGUAUGUAGUACAGGUCGAUAAUCUAAUGACAAAACAUUUAGUACGCUCGUAAUUAGGUUACUAGUGUCAUACAAACUACCUCAUUAGACUAUCGGCUAACUAAGGGACUCAUAAAACUAAUAUCAUGAUGACCAUUUUGGUUCCAACCUACUGAACUAUCAAUGAGCGAAACCAAAGAACUAUCGAACGCCUAGAAAGUUUACGACAACUUAUAGUUUCAAAUGAACGAUGAAUUAAAACAGUGAUAUAAAGUCGAAGCAGGUACUUUUGACUUUUUAGUAUUAAAAUUAAGCAUUUGAUGACAAUAAAUAGUCGAAACUUUCUACGGGUUAACUAAUAACUAGACAUCUUUGAAUUAUUCAAAAAUGUCAAGGUUCAGUUAUUUAUUGGUGGCCAACUCCAACGGUGUCGUGGUCAACGGGGUAGUUGGACGCCUCCAAGUCCUUCUUGGGGACGAUGAUGGAGACGGGGUAGGUGAAGCUGUAGAAGAAACCGUGAGGGGGACCCUGGAACAAAACAUGCACUAGUUAGUUAAGAGAUAAAAGUAGGUACCUAUAGACAGAUUAAUACUUAGAAGAUAAAGGUAGAGAAAACCUAAAUUAAAAAGUUGUUGGUUAACUGGAUGGUAGUACUUAUUACAAAUUGAACAUUACUGCCUCAUUGGCCGAGUGGUCGUAAGUGCGACUGCCGGCCAAGGGGUCUCGGGUUCGAUUCCCGGGUCGAGCAAAGUAUUACUGGGUUUUAAAUAUUCUCAGUAGUAGCACGGAGUCUGGAAUAGUGUCCAGUAUAUGGCAAUAGGCUCACCUCCUAUUACAUGGGACUCAUAACAUAAAUAGUAAAAAUUGGGUGUUACAUUGUACAGUUACAUAUGCACCUCUGCCUACCCCUUCGGGGAUAAAAGGCGUGAUGACGUUAUGUAAACAUUGAACACAGUUUAGAAAGGGAUAUUGAUAAAAUAAUCUCAAACAUAACAUUGAACUAAGUACUCACAGUAGGUUCAGGUUCUUCGUAUUUGCCAUCAGGACCGACUUGCUGUUCCUGCUGUCCGUAUUUCUGUUGUGCGUAUUGUUUGCCCUGUUGGUAGGUUGUCUUCCUGGUGGAAACCUUGGCUGUCAGCCCAGUAACGGACCUAAAAAUGAAAGAAUAAUUGUUAUGAUAUUGAGCUAUGUAUGCUA